AUGUUGGUGCGUCUCCACAGGCGAGGAAAUGGAAAAAGUGGUCAGGCCGGACAACGCCUGGAGGGCAGGCAACACGAAAGAGUAAGGGAAGUUCGGAUCUACCAAUUGCAAUCGACGAGCCCCUCAUUUUUUCUCGUCUCUCAGGCAUUUCUGGUCGCUCUCAUUGCUGACAGAAUCGGCGAUGCGAAAAAGGGCCCACUUUUGGCCCUCAGUGCGGGAUCCACCCACAAAGACCUGAAUACACGACGCUUUGCGCUUGGUGCUUUGUUAGGGCGCAGGCCCGCUCACAUUGUGUUUGCACAUGUGGGCACGACAUUAGUGCUCGUUUCAUUGGCCGCACGGCCAUGUCGCUUCCGUCGGGCAAACGUUGCCGUACCGCAACGCAUAUCGUCACGUGCAUCACUGGGCGUGUCCCUGUUAGAAUUGCAGACACGGAUUUUGAAAAGAAAAUCCGAUCGCUAA